UUAGAUAAAAACAUAGAUGAUACUAAUGAAGUUAGUACAAGUAAUACUGUGAAAGAUAAUAAAACAAAUAUAUAUAAAGCUAUAAAAGAUAUAGAAGUUAAUAUAAAAGAUUAUUUUGACAAA